AUGUUACAAGAACAGUACGAACCAACAUUAAUACUUGAUAAUGAACGGCAUUUAUUCAUUCGUUUAUUUAAAGAAAAUGAUUUAUCUAGAAAAAAAAUUCGUCCAUUCCGAAUUUUAAGUGGAUCAUUACAUUACUUUCGUGUUUUACCACAGUCCUGGUCUGAUCGUAUUGAAAAAAUGAAAAAAGCUGGUUUAAAUACCAUUGAAACAUAUAUACCAUGGAAUUUACAUGAACCAGAAAUGGGAACUUAUAAAUUUAAUGAAGGUCUAGCAGAUCUAGUUAGCUUUUUAAAAUUAGUCCAUCAAAAUCAAAUGUUUACAAUUAUUCGUCCAUCAGGUUAUAUAUGUGCUGAAUGGGAAUGGGGUGGUCUACCGAGUUGGCUGUUACAAGAUGAUCAUAUGCGUAUUCGUUCAACCCAUCCAAAUUUUUUAAAAGCAUUAAAAAAUUAUUAUUCAAUUUUAUUACCGAUUCUAUCUGAGCAUCAAUAUAAUCGACAUGGACAAGGCUCAAUUAUUGCCUUUCAAAUCGAAAAUGAAUAUGGCAGUUAUGGAGAUGAUAAAAAUUAUCUUGAAGCAAUACGUUCAAUAUAUAGUGAACAUCAUCUCAAUGAAUUAUUCUUUACAUCAGACAAUCGAUUUGAUCUUGCAAACGGCGCAUUAGAUGAUGUUUGGGCAACGGUAAAUUUCCAACGAAAUGUCAAAGAAAAUAUUGAUAAAUUAGUUGAAUUUCGUCCAAUGCAUCAUCUUAUGAUAAGUGAAUAUUGGACUGGCUGGUUUGAUUAUUGGGGUGGAACGCAUCAAACUGGUCAAAGUGGUGAAUAUAAUGCAAAAGAUUUUGAAAAAGAUCUCGAAGACAUUUUAUUAAAUUCAAAAUAUGAAAUAUCUGUGAAUUUUUAUAUGUUUUUUGGUGGUACGAAUUUUGGUUUUACCAGUGGUGGACAUCAUUUUCCAACAGGCAAAUAUUCACCACUCGUGACAUCCUAUGAUUAUGAUGCACCAUUAAGUGAAGCUGGUGAUCCAACAGAUAAAUAUUUUACUAUACAAAAUAUUAUUAAAAAAUUCUAUGAGCAAAAUCCAAAUUUAAUUAUUUAUAACCAUGAACAUGCAAUCGACGAUAAAUUUGAAAUAACAAAACCUUCGAUAUCACCAAAGAAUGCAUUAGGAAAAAUCAAUAUAUACGGUUCUAAAACAUUCGAAGAAAUUCUGAAUGAUGAUAUUUUAACAACGAAAUAUUCUGUUCAUAAUGGACCAUUAAAUAUGGAACAAGUAAAAGCUGACAAUCAAACGAUUGGUGCAUCACAAGGCUUCAUUGUUUAUACAAAUAAUAAAAUGCAAAAUUUAUUCAAAGAAAACAAAGAACAUUUUAUUGUAAUUCCAGCUAUUGCUGACAAUACUAUUGUUGUUGCCAAUGGAAAAGUUAUAUUUAAAUCAUUGCAUACAGAUAAUUCAAUUAAAUUUACUGUACCAUCGGAUACAUUGAAUCUAACCAUUAUUGUAGAAAAUAUGGGACGUAUUAAUUAUGGUUCAACACUUGAUCAUAGCCGAAAAGGCAUUCUAGAUAAAGUAUUGCUUGACAACGAAAUUGACUUAAAAGAAUGGACAGUACAUGUAUUAGAAUUUCGUCAAGGCAUGUCAAGUAUGACAGAUUGGAAUAAAUUAAAAAUUGACGAUAAAGAUGCAAAUACUAUAAAUGAUCUUACAAAUGGGCCACAAUUAUUUUACGCACCAUUUCAUAUUGAAAAUGAAAAGUCGAUACAAGAUACAUAUUUAUCAUUAAAUGCUCAAUGGACCAAAGGUGUUGCAUUUAUAAAUGGCUUUAAUCUAGGAAGAUAUUGGAGUAUUGGACCACAACUUACACUAUAUAUUCCUAAGGAAUUAUUAUUUAAAGGCUUCAAUCAUAUACAACUAUUUGAGUUAUAUACAUAUGGAAAAUCUAUCGAACUUGUUGAUACACCUGUGAUCCAUGCGUGA